AUGGAUGCUGCCGUAAUCGAUCGAGUUAUCAAAAUUCCUGAUGUUGCUGCCACCGCCGCUAUGCGAAUAUUACGAGAUCAAGGAGCGUCCGGUGGCACUAGUAGUGGAGUAAAUCUACUUACCUCAAUGCACAUCGCUUCAACAGCAAAAAAGCCAUUGAAAUCACGAUUAACAAUAGCAACACUUCUGGCUGAUCCAGGUCAUUACUAUGAUACCACCUACUACAAUCGAGAGUGGAUAGCACGGAAGCAUAUGAUUGCUGGUAUUCUGUGA